AUGAUAGAAAAACUGUUAUACAUUUUAAUUUUAGGUUCUUGCAAAUCAUUAGCUGAGCUUUUCCCAGACUGCCUCUACGAUUACACAAGUGAAGGUGAGGACACCACAACACUGAGUCUUCCUGGAUGGAAACAACUCCCUUACAAUACUUCAUGGCCAAAGGCCCUUCAACUGUGUCCCAAGCCUUGGCGUUAUCGCACAAGUGAAGAACUAGACAAUGGUCGGAUAACGGGGACCUACAAUACAUAUGAAGGAGGUGGCUAUGUCACUGUCUUGGGAUACGAUGUUGAAACUGGCCGAAGUGUCCUUGGCGAAACAUUCGGUCAUGGAUGGGUUGAUCGCCAGACGCGAGCAGUGAUAUUAGAGUUCGCAGUUUUCAACGUUAAUACAAAUCUUCUCAGCAUUGCAACGUACUUUUACGAGGUUCUUUCCACUGGUGCUGCUUACACAACAAGAACGGUUAAAACGCUCGACCUACAAAGCACUGAAUCCGGGACUCAAAUGUUCUACUUAAUCUGCCAGUUCCUUUUCAUGGCCAUGGUGUGUUAUUACCUCAUCAUGAUGUUUUACAACUUCCACCGUCGCCGCCUUUGCUUUUUCAAGUCAGUGUGGAACAUGGUCGAUUUUUUCAUGAUCAUAUUCUCAGUAUUGGCGGUAGUGUUUUACGUGAUCCGUUCGAAAACUCUUCUAAAAAGCAUCAAAUCUAUCCAAAACAAUCCAUAUAAUAUCGUACAUUUUCACUCCUCCUUGACUUGGGCUAGUUGGGAAAAUGUUGCUAAUGCCUGUGCUAUUUUUAUGGUAACACUUAAACUUUUAAAUCUGAUUCGAUUUAAUCCUUAUGUAAUCUACUUGUUUUCAUCCUUCCGUCAGUCGGUAGGCUAUCAGCUGUCUUACGUUUUUAUUUUCCUGAUAUUGUUUAAUGGGUUUAUUAUAUCAGGAAAACAAUUUUUUGGUCACACUGUCCUUGA